AAUUAUGUUCUAGGACCUUUCCUGGUAUCUGCAUCAAGCUGACCAGUUGGUAGUUGCCUUUUUGAGGAUGGGAGCAAAAUCUUCCUGCUUCCAGCCCACAGGGACUUCACCUGUUCCCCAAGAAUUCUCAAAUGUUAGAGGAGGAAGCUCUGAGAUUCCAUAUAUGGAAAGCAACACCGAGAUGUCUCGACAAGUCACUGUUCUGGUGAUUGGAGCUGGAAGUCGGGGAAGGAAUUAUUCCUUUUUUGCUCAGCAGUUUCCUGCGCGCAUGAAGGUGAUUGGUGUGGCAGACCCACAUCCGUUUGCAAGGAAGAGGCUCCAGGAAGCUCAUGGCAUUGACGAGGACAAUGUGUUUGAUGACUGGACAGCAGCGGCCGAGAAAGAGAGGUUUGCGGAUGCUGUGAUCAUAGCAACGCCCGACAGCCUUCACAAGGCGCCAGCAGUGGCUUUUGCCCACAAAGGAUACCACAUCUUGCUGGAGAAGCCGAUGGCGGUAACACUAGAGGACUGUAAAGAAAUAGUUCUGGCCUGUAAAACCAACAACGUCAUCCUCGCAGUCUGCCACGUCCUGCGCUACCACCCGGUGGCCUUGAAAAUAAAGGAACUCCUAGACGCUGGACUGAUUGGAGACAUUUGCCACAUUCAGCACCUGGAACCUGUUGGAUUCUGGCAUUUUGCCCACUCCUUUGUACGAGGAAACUGGCGGAACGAAGCCGAGAGCACCUUUUCGCUGCUCGCUAAAUCGUGCCACGAUGUCGACCUCAUCAAUUACUGGAUGGGCAGCAGAAGAUGUUUGAAAGUCUCGUCUUUUGGCAACCUGUCCCAUUUCACGAAAGAGCACAAGCCGGAAGGUGCCACAGAUCGCUGUUUAGACUGUUCGGUUGAACAAACCUGCCCGUAUUCAGCAAAGAAGAUUUAUCUGGCACAGGCCGAGAUGGGAUACUUUGGGUGGCCAGUGUCUGUGGUCUGCCACAGCGGUGAGUACGAUAUAGAAUCGCUGACCGAUGCCUUACGCCACGGCCCCUACGGAAGGUGCGUUUACGAGUGUGACAAUGAUGUUGUUAAUCACCAGGUUGUCAAUAUGGAGUUUGAAGGUGGAGCCACUGCUGCCUUGACAAUGGUUGGCUUCACACACAAACUAGGCGUGAGGAAAACCACCAUCUAUGGGACAAAGGGAGAACUUUCCUGCGAGGGUUCAGGACCUGUGGAGAUUUAUGAUUUCCUGGAAAGGAAGACAAGCAGCUUUUCUCCAGAUAAAGCAGCCUGUGUCCCAAUGUGUUUAAGUGCUCAUAGUGGUGCUGACUAUUACCUCAUGGAGAGUUUCAUUUCAGCUGUAGCGGAGAAUAACCCAUCCCUGAUUCGAACCGGUCCGGAUGACACCUUAAACUCUCAUCUCCUUGUAUUUGAAGCCGAGAGAUCCAGAAAAGAGAACCGGGUUGUGCUUCUAGAACUGUGAAAAAGAUAGGGGAGGCGAUGUUGUAUCUAAUGGUAAACUGCUAUGCUGGUUUAUGAUUAACGCUACUAUAUGCAGCUGAAUCACUUAAGAUGUAGGGAGCAGCUUGCUUGCAUACUUAAAAUGAAGCACUUAAGUUUGCAUUCCAAAGAUCUUAAGGGCAUCCUUAUCAUUCCUUUAUAGCACAAGAACUACAGGAACAUAUUUCAGUUUUAUAGUUUUGCAUUCAAGGAAGAUACACCCUCCCCACUCUUG